GUUUCAUUUUACUUAAACGCCCCUGAAAAAUCAAUCCCUCGUUUAGCCGUCCACCACCGCUUUCCAUCCAUGGCGGCGACUUCCGCCGCCUUCUUCUCUCACCGAUCGCGCCGUGUCCCCGACGAUACCGUAUUCUACGCCGUAUACCCCGAUCUUCAGGCUGAACUACCCCUGCCCGAGGCCCUCUCUGCCCUCCGUGCACUCCACCUCCACCUCCAGUCCCUCCUCUCCCCCCUCUUCAGUGACUACGUCUGGCAACACGAACCCUUCGCCCUCUCCCUCCCAUCCCCCCUCGACGCCCCAUGCGCCCUCUGCCGCUCUCCCCCCGUUCCCCACCUCCACGGCAAGCUCCGCUUCGGCGACGCCCUCGACGACGAAUGGCUCGUUGUCGCCCUCCUAUUCGCCGCUACCUCCGCCGUUCCCUCCCUCACCGCUCGCGUCUGGGACUCCGAUGGUGAGUUCCUCCUCAUCGAAGCCGCCUUUGCUCUUCCCCGCUGGCUCGAACCGGAUACGUCUGGCAAUCGCGUUUUUAUCCGCGGUGGCAAGCUGCACAUCGUUCCAAAAGAGGUCUUCCUGGACAUACCAUCUCUCCUAGACGCUCUUGCAGCGGUCCGGAGUGAGGAGAUCGAUACCGGAGCCCCCUACGAGGUUCAAGCUGCGAUCUUUAGGAAGAUUUCUGGGUAUCCGGAGAAGGCUAGGGCCAAUAUGCACAGAGUCAGGGUUCGAGUUCCGCUGCCAGUAGCCCAGGUACUAAAGGAGGAGCCUUCCUUAAUCGCGCUGGCUGUAGAGGGGUUCUAUGACCGUGACGUAGAUUCCAUGAAGCACGCAGCCAAAAUGGAGAGGUUCUUGAGGAGUAACAAUGGGGAUAUUGAGAUGGUCAGGAUUUCCGUUCGGCUGUCAAGAGCCAUGUAUGGCCAAUUAGUGCAGCAGAAAUUCCAGGCGCCGAGGGGCUAUACAAUGCCAUCAAGGGAAGAGGGACCUGUGGUUUUCAUGGAAGCUGAACUGGGAAUGAAGAUAGCGUGUGGGUUUGAAAUGAUGUAUCAGGAAAGGAGGCAGGCCAGUGAAGAAGGUAAGGGGAACACUUGGGAAGCUUUUGAGCAGAGUCUGGAGAGUAGUGGAUGUUUCAGUGGUCUUCUUCCUGGAUCUGAGGAAUACCGACGGAUAAUGGAUAGUGCAUUUGAGUACUAUAAGAACAGUUCUUUAUUUUCUCGCACAAGGGAGAUCAUGAAUGCUCCAGUUCAACGUAUAGAUGAAAUUCUCUCAAUGUCUUACUCAUUAGAUGAAUUCAUGGGUGUUGAACUUCCUCCAAACGAUGAUGAUUCCUGGAUGUAUGAUGGUGAAGAGGAGUUAAAUUCAGCUAUUCUGAAGAGACAGAAGGAAAUGGAAGUUUAUGAAUCUGAAAAGAAACAAAGGAAGCAGAAGAAAGGCAUGGAUAAUGCUUGUAGCUCAGUUGCUGAUGAUUUCAACCUUCAAGAUAUUUCUGAAACUAUGCAAUCAUUUGUCCAAAAACUUUCAAGCUUUGAAGGAGCAGAGGUUCCUGAGAGCAGGAACUCAAAGUCAGUUGAACUUGAUACUGAUGAAUUCAUGAAAGCUAUGCAAUCUAUGCUAGGUGAGGCUUCAUGCAAAGAUGUUGGAUCUGCUGCUAGACUUGAAGGACAUUCAUCAUCGUCGGAUAUGGAAUUUGAUGAUUCUGAAUAUGAUGACGACGAGGUUGAAGAACAAGAAGAUGAGAAUUCAGAGGACGGUUUCAUGCAAUUUUAUUCCGACGCGCUUAAUGAAGAGCUUACUGCGACAACUCUAAGAAAAAGCUUUUUGCAUGCACGUAAACAGGCCAACAAUAUUAAUGCGGGGCCUUCAAAUACCGCGACAUCAAAUACUGCGAAUGAUAACCAUGAUGAGUUCACCCCUGUCGAUGUCGAUUUCAACCUUGUUAAGAGUUUUCUCGAUUCAUUUUCUUCUCAACAAGGUCUUCCAGGGCCAGCAUCUAACCUACUUGGACUCAUGGGUGUAAAAGUUCCUCCUGACGCCAAGGAUACAUAGACACAUCUGGUGGCAAUCUGAAACGUUUCGACUUUGGUGAAUUGUGAAGUAGAUUAAUGUUUGCUCAAGAGAUUCAUUAAGGGCCUGCAAGCAAGUCAAGUUGAGCCUGAUGAUGUUUAAACUUUUUCAUUUAUCGUAUAGAACUUGUUUA